UUGGCUGGCUGCUAGCAAGAGUUGUUCGUCGUCCAAGCGCUCGCGACGUCUGCACCCGCUGGUUAAGCGACCGUGGUGUCUAUUUGGUUGCCGACCUCUCCAUCAGUCAUUUGCACGCCGCUUGCCUACCACCGACCCUCGUUCGCUCUCUUCUUGAGGCCUUUUGCCAUCCCCUUCUCUCACCAACACCACCAUCAUUGUCUGCAGAGCAGCUCGAUAACGUCUUUCUACGUACGAUCCUCUCGUUUCUCUCGAGAAUAGAACACCCCAACAAUCCAUCGGCCUCCGAAGAAGAGACGUCGAUCCGGGCGUGCAAUUUUUGAUAGUCUUCCUUCUCAGAGCUUAUUUACGAUGGCAGCAGUCGCAGUUGAUGUGAUGCCAGUAACAAACACUCCAUCGUUGAUCGUCGAUGACCAAACGCAAUCACCAGCAGUGUCGUCUCCGGACUCAACUCCCUUCCCGACCUCGGCCGAGGUCAAAGAAAACCUAACAAAGGAUGCACCAACUGCACAAGAGCAGCAGGUGCUGUCACCUGUUAACACACGGACACGAAGCACUUCCGCUGGACCGUCAAGUCGACCAUAUCCCAAUGGUAUCCUCAUCUGUACGGACCCAGUCGUCGAGGUCACCCCAGCCUGCGACGAACACGCACAAGAGCCGCAAACCGAAUCAGAGUCAUCACCCUCAUCCGAGAGCGAGUCUCAUUGCUUAGGCGUGAACGGAAGUUCAUCACGAACCAGACUAAGUUCAGGCUCGAGUUCAUCUGGGUUUGACGUAGACUCCACUACAUCGUCGACAGCUUCAUCGACACGUACGCGUGCUACGACGUUAUCUUCGACAUGUAUCGCUCCUUGCGUUACUUUUGCCCCCUUGCCGGAGAUAGGACCUCGGCAGCGGAAGAGCUCGCGUCCUAUCGGUCUUGCAGCACGUGGUCAGAUGCUCCGUCAGCGACGGAUGAUGAUGGCCCAGGAUCGAUUUAAUUAUUAUGUCGAGGAAUGCAACACGAUUCCUGGAGGUCAACGAUUGGUAGCCGAGUCAGACAGUUGUAACGUACAGACGCAACAUCAGCCCGGCGAGGAGGAAGACGAGCAUGCGUUCGCGGUACUGGGAAAGCUAUUGGGAGACGCGACGAAAGUCAUCUGGAGGCGCGUAUCGCAUACGAAACUCAAAGAAGAUGCGAAUACGAAAUCGUCACCACGAAAACGUCCCACACCAAAAAAGACUUUCACCUGGCCAGGCCGUCUACGAUCAGCAUCUGCUGGUUCUUCAUCUCCUUCGUCCGGUCGGGACUCGGACGAAGAGUCAGAAGACGAUAGCAUUGAUGGACCAUGGCGGAGAAAGAGGGACGAGGAUCCCAUGACGAAGACCAUUGUCGAGGGGUCUGACGAUGGGCAUGGACUUGAGCAGUUCGUGCUUGCAUAUGAUACGUUCCCCGUAUGCGAAGAAGAGGAAGAAGACCAUGCAAACGCGCGCGUAGAUGAAGAGUACCGAGCUACUGUCGAAGUACAUCUCGUCAAGGCGGCUGAAGGAGAGUCGGAAGCAUAGAUUUGUGCUCUCACUUCUUUUUAAAAUUCUGCUAUUGCUUUCAAGAAAAGUCUCGCGUUUAUGAUUACGACAACCCGACAUUCGCUUUUUAUCAUUAUAAUUGCUUUAUACGUUCUCCUCUCUCCCCUCUUUGCUACCUUUCUUGUCCUUUUACUGGCAUGGCUUCGACGAACGCGCUGGCGAUUCGUCACCCUACGCCAUGGCACACUUUCUUCAAGGCUAGGAAGCGGAUCUUCCGUUCUCACUCUCUAACGAUUCUGAUACCUGCUCUCUCUGUCAUUCCUCCUUCAAGUCCUUCACCUUCUGUUGUCAUUCGUUUGUUCGUUCUGCGUAUAUUCUUCCUCUUUUUGUUUCGUUUUCGUUUCUCUUCUCUUCUUUUCUCUCCUUUGGGGCCAAUUCGUACGUCGAAUAUUUUCUUAGUUAGUUAGAAAGUUAGCUUGUUCGUUAGUACAUAGUACAUGGAUGAUGGAUAUGGACGGAUAUUGGUCGGUUGUUAAGUAGCUAGUGAUAGUAAUAUAAUAAAGCUAAUAACGCUACAAAUAAAGUUUUGUUU